UUCAUUCAUACGCUUUGGUGGAGUCGGGUUGGCCAUGGGAUCUGUUUUAAGUAAUGUUGAUAAAACCUAUCAUGUAAACUCAUAAUUUUUAAUGCAUCUAUAAUGAUUGGUUGGAAAAUAAAGGACGGAAAUAAAUCUUAUCUUAGGCCACACCGACUUAAUUUUAUGGAUGACAUUCUAGACCCCUAAAGUAGUGCACGCGGGCGAAUAAAAAAAAUUCCGGUCAAAAAUAAAAAUGCUGCUAAACCACAGGAAUACAAAGCUGGUACUGUGAAUUCAUAGUAUAUAGCGACGUAUACGACAAACCGGCUUUUUGCGGAAUUUAUGAAUCGGCACCUUACGUAUGUACUGAGUUCUUGAGUCGUGGAGCUUCGGUAGCCUGGGUGCCCGGCUCCGUUUUGUCACUAACUAGCAUGGACUACCCAGGCCUAGAGCCUCGGAGGACGUGACCUUUGGAGUUGCGACUGGUCUAUUUUUAGGUUGAACCGUAGAUACGCAUCUAUUACAAAUUUAAAUCAAUUUUGUGAAUUCAGGCAUGAUAUGCAUAGGUAAUUUGGCGUGUGAAUUUGUGUCAAAAAAAAGUGUGCAUGCGUGUCGGAGAUGUAUUAUAAAGUAUAACCAUUGCCUGAAAGAACAAUACUUUAUCAAUGUACCCCAUAUGCACAUGAACAACGGCACAAUACAUCUAUGAAAAGUUCCAAAUAAGCAGCCUAAUUGAUUUCUGAUAUUUAUAUCCUUUCCCACGCUCACAGAUUUCUGCCCUGUAUUUCAUGAUCAGGUAGAAAACGUGCAUGAAUUUAUUACUGAGAUAUGUACAAUCAAUGCUAUAUAUUUGCUGCAAAAUUAAGUAUUUUUUUAUGAAUCAGUAUACCUCAUUAUAACAAUAGGAAACCGGGAAAGACCCUGAGUAUUCAUGAGUCAGGUGUUAUUUGGUCACAUGUACGUGCGUGAUUCAACCUCGGCAACCUUCGGCACGCAAUACCUGUGUACGUAGGGUACAUAUUACAUCAUAUCCAGUGAACCAUGACUGUGCUUCCGCCAUUAUCCUUUAAGUUUUCACAGAGGACAUAACUUCUACAUUUGUCCUGUAAUUCAGGCAGAUUGAAACAAACUCCCCUUUUGGCACAGGGCAUUAUAUCGUAGUGCUAGUGUAUUAUCAGUGCAUUAUCAUUGGUAUGACGUGCUGUCAUGUGACCGAUCAAGUUUCCUUCUGAGAAGUAGAGCUUUCACAAUCGACUCACAAGGUGUAACAAGUAGCAGAAGCUUUUCAGCAUCGAUGCAACUCUCCUGAUUCUGCAUUCUGUCAUCAUAACGUGCAAAUAGGGUGAGGCCGUUUUGAGCAGGUAAGAGGUGACAGAGAUAAACAUUCGCAAGGAAGGAGCUGGAACUGCGGUCAAAGACAUGGCCGUGCGAAGUUCUUUUGCCGACAUCAUCAAAGUUUACGAUAUCAAGAGAGAGAGACUACUGCAGCUUUACCAGGAGUCACAGAGAUUCAUUCAUGACAACUUCGCCCACCAUUCAGCCUUCCAAUCGUUACUUUGCGAUGACAAAGAACCACUGAUGACAGAAUUGCAGCGACGAAAAGACAUCCUACAAUCUCAAAUCUAUCAAGUCGUCUUUUUAGGCACCCACAACUCUGGAAAGAGUACCACGAUCAACAUGCUGCUGGGUACAGAACUUCUACCCAAAGCCCUGCGCCACUGUACUGACGUGAACUGUGAAGUAAGGUAUGGUGAGCAGAAGAAGGCUCUGAUCUACAACAUGUCGGAGUUGGUCAAUGAAGUUUCGCUAGAUGUUCAAAAUCCAAACAAAGUUCUUGCUGGGUACGUGCGACAUGACAAGAAUAAAGAUGUUGGCAACCUGUAUGACAAAGUCGAAAUAUACUGGCCGGCAGAUCUUCUUCAGAGUGGCCUUGUCCUGGUAGAUACUCCAGGCGUUGACAUCGUUGCCGGUCAUGACUCGGGUCUUUGGGAUACGUACGGCACUCGCGCUGUGACAGCUGUGUUCGUGUUAGAUGGUGGAUACUUUGGAAAUGAGACCCAGAUCCAAAACCUGAUACGGUCGUUCUCUAACAUGCCGGAUGAAGCUGCCAUCUUCACCAUCAACAAGUGGGACAUCGUAGUGGAGGACUCCGACUCUUCCAGCGAGAGCGAACAGGUCUCCGCAGACGAGUACACCAGACGGUGUGACAGUCUUAAGGAGGCGUGGCCACGGCUUGAUGUGGAAAAUCAAGUCCUCUGCACCAGGGCCAAAGAAGCUCUGCAGCACCGCAAAAGUGGGCGUCCUAGCGACGACUGCACCAAACUGCUUGCUCACUUAGAGACGUCGUUUGGGUCAAGUCUGACAACAAGAGUAAAGGAGCACACCCAAUGGCUGGUCCAGUUUCUUCAAAAGGCGGCCGAAAUCUUCGAGAAGUGCUUAAACAUACCAGAUAGCAGGGGCCAAAAGACUGGCCAAAGUGAAGUUGCUCAGCGAUACAAAGACGGCCUGCGAAGAUGCGAGCUCAAGCAAGAAAUCACCAAACACCUAAAGGGCAAGGUAAACCUUGGCAUCAAAGAUCUGUCUUUAAAGCUUCGAGACUUCCUGGUAGCAGAGAAAGGUGCUCUAGUCGAGAACUGGAAGCCCAACGAUGACCAGCUGCCCGACAUCGGAGGAUUUGACGACCUUGAGGAUCUCAUCAGACGUCUUGUUGUCAGGAAAAUGUGCGACAUCGUUCGUGAGUGGGACAAGAAGACAGAUUUGCUGAAGACCUUCGAACUCAACAUCGUCUCUGAGUUCAAAGACCAGUUCUGCCUGAUGAAGAAUGAACUGGAACGCAUUCUGCAGAUGCGAGAUGUCAGUGACUCACAAACUUCAAGUAAGCUGCGGACCAUCGACAAUCUUUUCGUCCUUCCUGCCCUAAUGUUCCAGUCUCUCCCAACGGUCAUGGCAGCCAUUUUGAAUGCGUUGUUAUUUCCGGUUGCAAUCGGGAAGGAUGUGCUCGGAAGGAGACGUGAGAAAAAGGAGUACACGGGAACCGCAGGCACGGCAACAAGUGUUCUCGACCAGCGUAGAGAGUACGUGCGGAGGAAGCUCAACGGCAUCCUUACGGAGAUAUUAAACAAGGAGCACUACUACAACAUCAUCAGGGAAUGCUUUCAGCCGGCAGUGGAUCUCAAUGAGUUGGUCAAGCUCAUCCCCCAGAUCAAAACGUUCCUGCAGGAUCAGAUAACGCAAAUUGAAGAAAACCAGUUCCCUAUGCUGAAGGACCAGCUCAUCCACAGGCUAGCCGAUGUACGUCUGUUUGAAGCCACAGAAGUUCGUCAAUACUCCCUCCACGUCCCAACAAGCAUUUCUUGGGAAGACAGUGACGACAUUGGAGAAGGGUCGUUUAGCAAAGUCUACAAAGCUACAAUGUCGAGGGGAGACAUGCAGAGUGGAGCUGUAGCGGUGAAAGUGCCUAAGUUAGCUUUGGAGGUCAACAUCAUGGAUUAUCUCAACGAAGAAGAUAUUCUUACUCAACUGAAUGCUGACUGCAUCGUCAAGUUCUACGGAACCGCCAUCGACAGACGUGCGAACCCCGUGCAGUUGGUGAUGGUGUUUGAGCUGUGUAGCUGUACGCUGAGGGAGAGGCUGCUACAGGAACUCAACCCUGCACCGGCAGACUGCACUCGGCAGGACAAAGUACAGGCCAUGCUAUGCGCUGCAGAUCUGGCGAAACAAACUGCGAGUGCUUUGCGGUAUCUCCAUGAUGACAAGGACGUCGUCCACAGAGACCUGAAGCUUGACAACAUUUUCGUUAAAGACGAUCCUUCCGGAUUGCUACUAAAGCUUGGUGACGUAGGAGUCGCCAAAUUCGAGAGGAAGAUACAAGGAAGCCGGGCUGGAACUGACCUGUACAUGGCGCCUGAGGUCUUACAGAGGUCACCUGUCUACGACAGGAAAGUGGACAUCUAUAGCUUCGCCUUUGUCUUGUGGGAGCUAUGGUACGGCAGACAGGCGGACCAUGGACAUCAUCUGAGCGACAGUGAAUUCCGCACGGCGGUCGUCACCAGAAACCUUCGACCAGCCGUGAUAGAAGAUCUUCCUUCACCUGAGUGUGACUGGAUGAAGUUGAUACAGGAAUGUUGGGAGGGAGACGCGAAGAUGCGCCCUUCAGCUGAUCAGUGUGUUCAGCGUCUAAACAGUAUCAUAGACAAAAUCAACACAGAAACUCCUUGAUUUUUAUUUUUACCUACCGUCAAAUUAUCCAAAGCCAUUACAUUACUGCAGAUGGGAGAGAUGCUUAGUAUAGUUCCCAUGCAUUAUUCAAGUUUCUCUAAGUGGCAUGGAUCUAUUUAGAAUGUGUUUGUUAUGUGUCUCUACCGAUUUACGUAUGUGCAUGACAUGUAUAUGUUUACUAACUGAUUUAAUUGUCCAGUUCCUAAAGCUAUGUGCUCUAAACUAAUUUUAUUAUAUUUUUUAUAUUCUGCUGUCACACGAAUAACUUAAUGUGAAAGAAUAUCACUAGUUAGAAAUCAUAUUAGUUUAUAGUAAUAAUGGAAAACUAUUAUAGUGAUACGCUUUACAAAUGCAUGAGAGUUUUGUUACCAGUGUCGUAGUUUUUGAUAUUACAAAUAUUACAAAUUAUAUGUUACAUGUGAGGUAUUUAGUGCAAAGACUAAUGUUUAUGUACAAAUUAUACAUUGUAUCAAAAUGCAGUGUCAACUUACUCCAUCUCUGUUUCACUAACUACAAGUUUACCGUUCAGUUUUGCUACCCCUGCUGAUGUACAUUUUGAAUAAUGCAAAUAAAGGUAAAUAAAGGUUAUUCUUGCCCUGUUCUGCUUAUUAUUGUUUUCUCUGGUGCUGACCGAUUGCGUUU